AUGAAUUCUCUAUUUCGUGUGGUGAUCGCUGCGGCGAUUUGGCUGCGCAUGGCAGCAGCGGAGCCACGGAACUUGAACAGAAAUCCCAUACCACGUCAGACACUUGCACCGAAACAUGACAGUCGCGAAGCGGCCCCAACACCAACCUCGGCGCCCGAAGGAAAGCUCGAAUUAAGGGCAGCGGAUUUGGCGGCUCGAACACUAGGCAUGAACACAUGCGGGAUUGUAACACUUCCCUGGUACACAUAUCCUCUAGCAUGCGCCUCGACGCAGCCAUGCCAGACUGCCAGUAACUACAUGCUGUGCGGCACCGUGGUCAGCGAUAGGUGUUACGAUGGCACCGCUGCCGUAUGCAAGAGCAGCAGUAUCGGGCCCAAUACCCGCUGCUGGCACGUUCACGAUUUGCUUCAUAAGACGAACUCCAUGGCUAACAUUCGCGUCCACAGCACGAUUAUGGAUGGUACUUGGCUCCCAAAAUGCGUGACGUAUUAUAAAGAUAUUGACAGGAACAACUGGAUAUGGUACCUCGGAUGCCAACUCGAAUUACAUAGCGGUCUCACGAGCAUAGUCCUCGUCCCGGAGACCGUCGAGGACAAUUUCCUUGACGGCAGCCAGACAACGCUGGCCUCUACUGAUUCCACAGCCUCUAGUAUAGACAUCACCCUUACCUCAUCGACAUCGGCCUCUGCGUCCUCAUCAGUUUCGCAUAACGCAGACCCGUCACCUACAUCAUCGCCAGCGAGUGCUUCAUCCGAUAUACCUGCAAUCGUAGGUGGCGUCAUCGGAGGCGUAGCCGUAGUAAUGAUUGGAGUCUGCGUCGUCGUCUGGCUUAUCGUACGAAAGAAGCGAGCAUCGAGGGCUCAGGACGUAACGUCAGCGUCACAUAAUCCGACCCAGGGCGCUCAAAUGCCAUCCCAGCCGGAGAUCGCACUCUCUCUAGGCCACCAGCCUCAGUAUGCUGGCUUUGCAGAACGAUACAAAUACCAGUCUGUGUCCGCAACCUCGCCAUCGCUUCAAAGCGAGGCAUACCUGGCGCCUUCUCCGUCGCCGAGAAACACAGCCAGCAGCGGUAACGGCGUAGUUGAGAUGGGUUGA